UGAACGUUCCAAUUUGUGCUGUGAGCUCAGCCGCUGCGGCUGCACAGACUCCAACCCCCGGGGGCGAGCGCAGCAGCUCCAAGCAUCCGGCCACCUCCCCGCCCGGCCCCAGCGAUGCAGCCGGGCCUGUGAGCAGCUGGCCGCCCGGGGACGCCCUGCGCACAACUACCUCAGCGCCACCCCCUCUCGCCGUACUGCUCCGCCCGCUGCACCGCUCCGCUUGCAGUUUUUGCACUGCCUUAGGGCGCCCCCGUGAGGCCACUUCCCUGCCCCACCAUGUUCCAGCGCCUCACCAGCCUCUUCUUCAGCACCCCUUCGCCCGCUGAAGACCCCGAUUGCCCCCGCGCCUUUGUCUCCGAGGAGGAUGAAGUUGAUGGCUGGCUCAUCAUUGACCUGCCGGACAGCUACGCAGCUCCCCCCAGCCCUGGGGCCGCCCCUGCCCCCGCAGGCCGCCCUCCGCCCGCGCCCUCCUUGAUGGACGAGAGCUGGUUUGUUACCCCUCCCGCCUGUUUUACCGCAGAGGGGCCCGGCGUCGGGCCUGCCCGCCUCCAGAGCAGCCCCCUGGAGGACCUCCUCAUCGAGCAUCCCAGUAUGUCUGUCUACGUCACCGGCAGCACCAUAGUGCUAGAGCCUGUACCGCCUUCCCCGCACCCAGACACUGCCCUGCCUGAAGUCGAACUCAGUGACGGGGAAGUAGCACCCGCCCGCCGCGAGCCUCGGGCCCUGCACCACGCCGCCCCGCUGCCGGCUCGAGCAGUGCUGCUGGAGAAGGCAGGCCAGACGCGGCGGCUGCAGCGGGCCCGACAGCGAGCCGAGCGCCACGCGCUGAGCGCUAAGGUGGUACAGCGGCAGAACCGCGCCCGCGAGAGCCGUCCACGUCGGCCCAAGCACCAGGGCAGCUUCGUCUAUCAGCCGUGCCAGCGCCAGUUCAACUAUUGAGUGUCGGACGGCUGCACAACCAACUUUCAUCGUCUCUCAAUUUCCGUCUGUCCCCUGUGCAGCGGCCAGUGUGCUGUUCAAGGGGCCGCUAGCCACCUGGGGCUGGAUACCACACCUUCCCUCAUCUUAAGAGUAUGAGGUGGACUUAAGGUCCUUCCUCACCUCUCUCGAUUUCUCCAUCUUUGAUCAUCUAAAUCCACCUCUGCCACCUUCAGGCUCUCUCAUCCUCCCACACUCAACGUUAAUCCUCUAUAUCCUUUCCAUUGUUGAUACUCCAUGCUUCCUUCUCUGGCCUGCAUCCAGGUUUCUCUCAUCUUUGCCCUCUUGGCCCACAUCUCCAUUUCUGAGAGCCUCUUUCACCCUGACCUGGCUCAUUGCUCACCUUCAACGUGCAUCUUCCAGGACUAAUUCUUUCCUGUGUUUGGCAUUACACUCCUGUCCCUUUAUUGUUUGUUCCCAGUAGUUUCCUCCCACAUGGAUAAAGGGAGGGGAACCCUGAGCCCACCUUGACCAGGGAAAACCUGUGUAACCCAUGUCACUCUCCUUGCCCUUCAGAGGUCUGGCUCAGAGUUUUACUUUUAAUUUCUUCCUUCUCUCUGCCUAGGGGGCUGGGCUCCUUUGGAGGCUGCUUUUAGGCCUGGAAAGGUAAAGUAUGUGAAAGAGGACAGUGAGAUGUGAGUUCAAAGGAGAAGGUGGAGGGAGUCAAGAGAAUGAGGCAGUCCACUGGAGAUGUAGACAGGAUGGAUUGGGAAACUAGGGAGCAGGGCAUUAUGGGAGUUGGCACUGUGCUUACUCAGAGAGGCAAGCCCUGCUCCCAGGCUGGAGCCUGGAGUCUGCCCCCUCUUCCCUCUCCUGUAGUCCUACUUACUCCCCAUGUCUUUUCCUCAAAUUACCUAUCCUUCUGCAGGCUCCCAAGUCUGAAGGGCUUUAGUACUUUGCCACCCUACCUUGACAUGCCACUCCAGGAGUAAAAGCUGGGAAAGGUUCCUCCAUCCAGACCAUGAGUUCACAUGCCCAAGGUGCUAGAACUAGGCUAGGAGAGAACAGGCCAGAGAACUUUUGAGGUAGGAAAAGGGCACACACCCCAAAGAAAGAAUGCAACAGAAUGGUGCUGAAGAGGAUAAGCUGUGGUGUGAAGCCAUAUAAAGACAGCUCAGCCUUCAGCUUGCCUCUGGUCUUAUCUUUCACAUCCUUAGUAUGGCUAACAAAUACUCCUGGGUAGGAGGCCAGGAGCCCACUGUUCUGUUCCCCAAAUAACCCUAUCAAGAUUCACGACCUUCAAAGGUCUCAUUUUCUCUCAUAGGGCUCCUCUUUUCUAAGCUUCUGGGGAGAAAUGGGUGCCUAUGAUCCCCUCCCUUUUUUCUUUGAUAAGUAUCUAAAGCAAGGAAUCUGAAUCCUUGGGUGAGCAACUAGGGAUAGGGAAGGCUAACUUUUCCCUUCUUGCGGUGGGAUUGAAUUUUGGGCUCAGACACCAGCAACAGCCUCUUGGGAUGCCCUGAAUUGCUUCCCAUUCUCUUUCUAGCUGUCUUUUUCUAGUGUGUGCUUUCUUCCUUGAAAUUUUUAGGAUUUCUUGUGACAUACUAAUAGGUCUUCCCUUUCACCAAUUUCAGAUUUCCAGGCCUCACAGUCACACUGGGGUUGGAAAAUUGCUCUUCUAUUAGGGUAAAGGUAGCUGCCCUCCCUGAUUCUAUAGUCCCUGGCCUCACAUGGUACUUGUAGGGGAGUAGAAUCUCCAUAGAUUCAGGGUUAAGGGCAAAAGCAGCCCUUUUGUGGCUUCCUAUCCCAAGGAAUCAGCCAAAACAGACACUAUAAACAAAAUUUCCCAUGCUAGUUUACUAGACCCUAGUAACUGACAACCUCGCUUUUCUCCCUAAGUUCUCUAGUUAUAACCUACAUUUAUUUUUCCAGCAACUCCUUGAUUACAUCACAGCCAGCUUAGAGCCUUUAGCACAACAGCUAGAAUGAACCCAACCCUUCUUGCUACUUCUCACUACCAGCCAGGGCCAUGCUAGUCCUGGGCAGUGCCCAUGAUCCUGUUGGUAGGAGAAGUGACAGGGCAUUUUGGCUCAAAUUUCUAACGGUUCUGCGCCUUACCUGUUUCUGGAGGUUCCUUAUAGUUCUAGAACUCCCCAAAUCACUUGGCUGAUUGCAAGGCUCAUAUUUUUUGUACUUUCCUAUAAACUCUGUAGCAUUUGAGUGUGGCAAUAUUUUGUGUAUAGAUUUCUAAGAACCAACACUACUCAGUCUCCUGCUAGUCUGACUCCUGAAGCAUCAGACCUUGUCACUCUGUAUUGACUGUGUAUGUGCCUUUCACCUUGAGCAUGCUUCAGGAUUUUUUUUAAACCACAGAACUUGAAUAAAUGAGGGAACCAGAAUUCACAAAGUCCUAUGCAACUUUAGACAGGAGGGGGCGAGAGUCUGUCUUGACUGAUGUUUUCAGAGACCCUGAAGUCUAUACCAGUUUUUGAGUAUUAAUGUCAUUACUACCAGCACUUUGCCAAAACUAAGGAUGUUAGACCUGUUUCUAUUAUAUCAAUUAGUGACUUCCAGUUUCUCCUAGUAAGUUGAGUGGUUCCCUCGAGCUGGGUGUCACUAACCUUUGCCAGAAUAUCCCUAAAGGGUACUGUGUGUAUGACUGUAGUCUGGUGCUGUUUUGGAAUAUGCCUGCUCCCCAGCCCCCUGCCUGGAACCCUAAGAUCAACUUGCUGUGACCCAUAUCUUAGGUGCAACAAGGAACCCACCAGAGCUCUUGGACGCCUUCCCCAUAUUCAUGUAGCUUUGUGUGAGUGGACUGAAUGCAGACACACCAUAGCCCACUUCUAAUACCUACCCUUCCUCCCCUGCCACCUAGUUCCAAAUAGAACCAACAAGUUGAGUGUAUCCCUAUGGGGGUUUUGUGUUGAGAGUGGCUUAAAUGAAGAGACUUUUGGUUGACCAUGUUGUGAUGGUUGACAGACUCAAGGACACGAUCACCUCGACCUGGUCAUGUGGCAUGCCUGUGUAUGUAUGUAACAGGAUUCUGAUUAGAUUGUAAUGUUAUUCCUUUAUUGGAGAAAAAAUUAAUAUAAACAAAUAAAAAUCUAUUUAAAGCACA